AUGUAUACCAAGACAGCCAUCAUCGCGACGCUUAGCGUCUGCGCGUCCGCCCAGCACCUCCUACCGCGCCAGACAUCCAGCGCCUCCGACUUCUCCGACGAUGACGAGAACUCCUCCCCCGAGUGCAUCUCCCGGAUACAAGAAUGGUCCGCCGCGAUGCCCACCCCAGGCCCCGACGUCGAGAGCGCGCUUAACAAGCUCUCGGGAGACGGCCUACCGGAGUCGGGACUUGCGGGCUUGUGCAUCGUGGCCGCUAGCCUGACGGGCAAGGACGCGCAGGCGUUCUCGUCUUAUCAGAUCGAUAUGUACUCCUACAUCUCCGCGCAAAGCUCCAACCUCAACGCCCUCGCCACCUCGUGCUCUAGCGACAUGGGUGCACCGCCUUCCGUCAUUACUUCUGAACUCACUGAGUACCUUUCCGUUUACUCGGGCUUCUCGGCCGGUGCCUGCAAGGAUAUCGCUACGACUGUUGAUUCCAGCUCUUCGGCUUCAGCUACUGCUAGUGCUGGUGCGUCGGUUACUUCCGGCUUCGUCACUGGUGUGUUCACCGUAGUGAGCGCUGAUAACAGCGCUGCGACUGCUAGUGCUAGCAACACCGGAUCCGCGGCCAGCAGCACGACUUCGUCGCCCGCCACUGUAUCAGCUAAUGUUGGACCUCGGGAGACUGGUAUGCUCGCUGCGGCUGUUGCGGCCGUGGGUGUUAUUGGUGCUGCUGUUAUGUUGUAA